ACAAAACUUUGCUCAAGCUGUGGGUUCCGCUGUACGAGAAGUGGUAAAAUAUACGAGGCUCUUUUUGCUCUCCGCUUGUAUCCUCGCAGCCUUUCCAAGUAGCGAUUAUAAUCACACAGGGAAUGAAUAAUACGAAUACAGCCUUUCAACAGGACUUGGUAAAGGUAUCGGUGUUCACUGAAGACAAAUGUCGCCGAAUUUUUUUAUCAUCAAAGUACCAGUCGGUUUGGGGAUCUGCGGAUGGAUAUCAUGGAUAUCAGGAUCGGUAUAAAACAGUGUAAAAGUAAUCAAGUUGAGAAAAAUGAUCGACAAUUACUCGCAGUACGAAAAUUCUGACGAAUAUGUUCCAUCGAAGAGUGUGUGGAGUUACAUCAAAUCACAAACUCAACGAUUUAGAUCUGACACAGUUGUACAGCAAGACGAGGCGACUGGAGAAAUGUUAACUAUUAAAGAGCUUUCGGAAAAGGUUGAAACAUUGGCUUCGUCAUUGCAAAAACUGGGUUUGACCUCGGGGAUCGGAAUCUGUUCUGAAAAUAAUUUAUAUUUUACGUGGAUUUUAUUAGGCGCGUUACACGCGGGGGUGAGAUGUUCGUUGCUGAGUCCAAGGUAUACGGAAAGAGAGCUGAAACAUUAUGUGGAACUCACUAGACCCGAAGUAAUUAUCUGUUCAAAAAUGGUGGCUAAUAACAUUUACGAAAACGGGAAAUCAUUCGGUGCAGUAUGUUCAAAUUAUUCUUUCAUAAAGAGCAUAUUUGUUUGCGAUACAACGAUUUCGGAAAACUCAGUUUACAAAUCUUUGGCCACACUACUGCCGUCCGAAGUAGAAUACGAAAAUAAAAUUUCUGCGGAUCGAACAUUCGAGCCGACCAGGGAAGCUCUGGUUUUAGCGUCCAGCGGAUCAACAGGACUUCCUAAAGGUGUGGUUUGGACGCAUAAAUCGAUUGUGGAAGCUCUAAAAUUGAGUUACAUAUUCGCCAAAAAUGGGGAAACAGCCUUAGGGCUAAUGCCUUUUUUCCACGCUUAUGGUAUUAUCUGCAAUUUCAUGUGUCUUUGCGAGGGAUCCAGAUUUAUCAUUCUUUCCAAAUUCAAUGGUCCAAAGUGCCUCAUCAACCUCAUAGAAUCCCACCAGAUAAAUAAUUUGUAUUUAAUCCCUUCAUUAUUGGCGUCAAUUGUCAAUUCCUCUGAAUUCACUAAAGAAAAAUUAUCCUGUGUUCGAUACGUUUGCACAUCAGCUGGAAAAAUGUCAAAUCGACUACAGGAAAAAGUCGAAGAAUUAUUCCCUUCGGACGCAGUGCUCAGGCACGGCUAUGGCAUGACCGAAACGACCUUUAUGGUCUUGCUAGGACCAUACAAAAAAAACGAUUCGAGCGGAAAACUUGUGCCGCCUAUGAAAUGCCAGGUUAUUAGCGAAGGAAAGAUCUGCGGAAUAAAAGAAAUAGGAGAACUCUGUUUCAAAGGGCCUACCAUAAUGAAAUGUUAUUUGAACAACGAGAAAGCGACUGCUGAAGCAUUGCCGGAGGAUGGAUGGUUGAGAUCUGGAGAUUUGGGCUACUUUGACAAGGAUGGUGACUUUUUUGUCGUAGAUAGAAUUAAGGAUAUGAUAAAAUAUCAGGGAAAUCAGGUAUCUCCGGUUGAAAUCGAGGAGACGAUCCUCGAGUUACCGGAUGUUCUUGAAGCUGCAGUAUUUGCAGUGCCAAGCGAAGAGUUUGGCGAGCUUCCUGCUGCUGCCAUCAUCGCGAAGAAAACUUCAAAAUUGAUGGCCCAAGAAAUUGAAGAAUAUGUAGCGAGACAACUGUCACCGCACAACAAACUCAGAGGGGGUGUAUUUUUCUUUGCCGAGCUACCAAAAACCGGAAACGGCAAAUUGCAACGUAAAGCGCUACUCUCGAGAAUCCAAAAUUCGUUUGGCGAGUCAAAAAUGACAAGGACGCAAGGAUGAAAGCGUGUUAAUAUGAUUUAUAUUUUUAUACGUAGCCGUAUUGAAUAUUUUACAACUCCAAGUUGAAUGUUUAGCUUUAGAACUAAAUAGAUAAAAAAAAUAGAUUAUUAUAUUGGUAGGAGUUGAGUAAUUUUUGAUAUGAUCAAAAUAAUGUAACAGAAAUAUCGUAAAAUAAAAUUUUCUUGCAUGCAU